GACAUCAGUUGAAAUCUGGCAUUUUAUUUUAGAACAUUAGAAAAGCAUUUACACCACAAUGCCUUUUAUUGUUGAAUUGGCACAAAUGCCCGUGUGAUACUGGGAUGGCUAAAAGCACUAGACUGUUUGUUCCACUGUCAUUCUAAAGGUACAGCUUUCGUGGGCUAUAUAUGUGGAUAGACUGAUAUGGGGAUAAAUAGAUAAAAAAAAUGGCGGUUCAGAUGGCGUUAGAAUGUUUCCCAAAAUGGCGAGUUGCUUUACUGAUGUCAUUGGCGAUCGUAUUCAUAAUUGUACAAGCGGCCCCACGUGACCAACAUCACAGACAGAAGCGCCACCUACUGCAGAUGUGUGAGCUGAUUGUCUCCCACACCAACAGGUCAUGUCUGGACUACAACAACUACGGCUGUUUCUGUGGGCUGGGGAUGACGGGCGGGGAGCCGGUGGACGCCAUUGAUGGGUGUUGCCACGAGCACGACCUUUGCUAUGGACGAGUCCGGUGUUUUUGGUUCUACCCUCAGCUUGUUGGCUACCAGGUCACGUGUCAGGGUGACCUGUGCACAUGUGAAGACCACUAUUUGUUUUCGCCUUGUGCCCACACAACCUGCCAGUGUGACGUCGAGUUUUCCCAGUGCUUGGCCAGAUACGAAUACAAUCUUGGUUUUAAAAAUUACGACCGACUUCAAUGCGCUGCCAAUAGUCCAAGUCCCACAACUGUGUUAGAUUCUGUCUGAGAAUCGCCUUGUCACUUUUGCCACUUUGACCCCCAUUGCCGCACAUAAAAUUGGAUUUAACAUAGU